AUGGACUACUCCAACUAUGGUAAUCAACAACCUCAGUCCUACUCGCUCUACGGGCUGCCGACCCCCGAUCAACAACCACAGCCACAACCAUCCUCUGACGAGGCUCUCCGUGACCCGUUCUCCCUGAAUACCUACAACCAAUAUUUUCCCGGCUUUGAUCCGUCUCUAGGCCUUGACCCUUCCUCCUUUGUCCCACCGCCACCACAUUCGCCGCCGGACUCUUUCACGAAACAUUCGGUUUCUAGUAACGAUCCAACCCAUAAUGCAAAGUCAGAUCCCACGUCAAUUGAUGGCGAUGAGAACCAGUUUGCCGACACAGUUGCGGGGCGGAGCAGCAGCGAAGAAAAGGAAUCGUUGAACCCGGCGCAAAGUAAGCGCAAAGCACAGAACCGAGCCGCUCAGCGAGCAUUCCGCGAGCGCAAAGAGCGGCAUGUGAAGGACCUAGAAGACAAAGUGACCACUCUUGAAGAAGCCUCGACCAGCCUCCAAGCCGACAACGAGCGUUUGAAGCGCGAGCUCGCCAAAUUUGCCACUGAAAAUGAGAUUCUACGUGCGACUUCCCAAUCAAUGAACGGGAGCAACAGCGACGCAAGAGAGAGCGCCGAACCAACCGUCACCGGUCCGAUGAAGUAUACGCCCACGGACUUUCAACCAAACUUGGUCGCAGAAGGUCCGGCCUCAGGUCUGGGCUCAAGCUCGUCCCCAGGCACGGCCAACUUCCAGAGUCCACAGCAUCGCAUCGCAGUAUGUCAAAUUACCGGCGAAAAACUUCUCGAUGCCGCCGCAACGUGGGACCUCAUACAAAGCCAUGAGCUGUUUAAAAGAGGACAGGUGAAUCUUAAUGAUGUUUCGGAUCGGCUCAAGGGGUCUGCUCAGUGCAAUGGACAAGGUCCGGCUUAUAAGGAGAGCGAGGUGCGUCGGGCUAUCGAGGCAAGUGCUGCCGAUUGCGACGAGUUGAUUUGA